GUCUGAAUGGGUUAAUAAAGAUCACAAUCACGGGUCCUGCAGCCAAUCAUUUGAGUGCGCGAGCUCGUCUCCAUAGGAACAGGAAUGUUUACGCUGAUACAGGAAGCUGAUUGUUCUGCUAGGUUCCCUCCAGUAUACACCGAAUGCACGCCAGUGAUGAGCUUUUGGGGCUCAGCUCUGGAAAUAGCGGCCUCAUGGACAAUUUCCAACGCCAACCAUCUGUGUGGAAUUUAGUGAAGGAAAAUGUUCCCUGCUCUGAGCUUCCUGAGGUCCGAGCUGUUCUGGGAGAAACACUGAUUGAUACGUACGCAGAGUUAUAUUCAGAGGUGGAGUUGUGGGAGAAGAUUUGGCAGGAGCUCCGUUGCUCAGAGAAGGGCAACAGGCCAGAAGCCCCCAUAUUCCCUCUGGCUGACCCCCCGGCUGUUAAAGAGCUGCUAAAAGCAGAGAUUCAGUUGUUGCUGCUCACACUGAGAGAGAAAGCAGCCAGACAGGGCAGGGAUGAAGAGGAGGUCAUAGCCCAGUACAGUCCUAGUGUGGUGAGUUACGCACUGGGCAGCAGUAGCACACAGAGACAAGGGAGUCCAGGCAGCUGGUGUGAAACAAAAUCACCUUCCAGGCCCCCGUCAAGUCUGAGCGAGACUAGAAACAGGUCAGUCUCCAGCCUCUCGUCUCACUCCAGCUGUGAAGAAGAAAUCAAGGCCUUGAGACACAAGUUAAACAUCACCCAUAUAGAUGAGGUUGUGACCCAUCUCAGGUCAGUCAUAAGUGAAGAAUCUGAAGCACUGAAAAGAGGUGUGCAGGUCCUGCAGGAAAUCCUUGAGACUGAGAGAGCCAGUGCUCAGGCAGAACCUGUAUCUCCAGAACCCAGUGUAGCAGAGCUCAAAAAGGAACGGAGACUCAUUCAGAGGGAUCUGAAUGAACAGAGUUUAAUAAGCGGCUCCCACAACACAAAUAAUCAGAGUACCAGAAACCCACAAAUCCACACAAGGGAGACACGCAAACCUGCUCUGAACCUGGCAAAUGAUUUAGAAGGACUGAAACCAUUAAACUCAACAGUUUCCCAUUUGAAACCAUGUCCGCCCAGAGACCUAAACCACAUCGGGAGUGAUCCGCCGCUAAUGAGCUCCUCGAGUGCUCAAUCCACAAUCCCUAUUUCUGAUUUGAAACAAGGGGACAAAGAAUGCAAGUACAGAGGAAAUUCACUAAGAGCUUCAGCCUUCAGACUGGUUCCAGCAGCCUCAGUCAAAGCAUCCGGAUCCGUCAAAGACUUCUUCCUAAAGAUGGAGGUGACUAAAAGUAGUGACCUAGUCUGUCUCCAGCCCGCUCCUCCUGCAGUGCAGAGAACAGCCAGCAGGGGACAGAGGGGGAGCAGACAGCUGUGUCUUCCUCAGCCUGACCGUCUGCUCAGUUCUCUGUGAGAAUCACUGUGUGUAUGCUGCGUAUGCUGCUCUUCACACCGUCAGACAUUGUUCAGUGAACACAGGAAAAAGCCCACAGCGAUAAAACACAAACCACAAUCUGAUCUUUAAAAUAAACUUUAUUUACCAUUUCAAAUUGAACAGUUUACAGGUGACAUGACUAAGACAGUUUCAAUGCUGUUUGGCCCUAAAAUUGAAAAGACACACGGUUAGAUACUGUACGUUUGAUAAAGUACUGAGCUCAUGUCAUUGUGCUUAUCAUUCUACUUCAGUUUUAUAUUGCCAUGAGCACAGAAGUAUA